AGUCUGACAGCUGCUGCUUUGAAUGCAGUGACGAACAUAGCGGUUACACCACGGUCUACUGACUUCGAAACCAUCGCUUACAUCUAUGAACGAUCACUGAACGUCUACUAA